AUGGCCUUCUCAAUGCCCUCGUUCCUGACCCGAUUUCUCCGCCCCUUUUCCACGACCCAGCUCUCCCUCCAACCAGACGCCCUCUCCGCCAUGCAAUUCCCGCCAACGUCCCAGCGCGCGAUCUUCGCGGGCGGCUGUUUCUGGGGCCUCGAAGAACUCUAUCGCCACCACUGGGGCGGCGGCAAGGGCCUGCUCGACUGCCGCGUCGGCUACACCGGCGGCCACACCAAGGCGCCGACCUACGAGGACGUCUGUUCAGGCCGGACGGGCCACGCCGAGUCCUUGUUGGUCGUCUUCGACCCGGACGUGGUGACGUACCGGCAACUGGUCGAGUUCUUUUUCCGCAUGCACGACCCGACCACGCUGAACAGGCAGGGCGCCGACACGGGCACGCAGUACCGGUCUGCCGUGUACGCGGAGAACGAUGACCAACUCAAGAUUGCCGAGGAGAUCAAGCAGAAGGUCGGCGAGCAGUGGUAUAAAGGCAAGACUAUCACGACCGAGGUCAAGAGGGCGACGCAGUGGUAUGAUGCCGAGGGCUUGCAUCAGAAGUACUUGUUGAAGAAUCCGUCGGGGUAUCAGUGCCCGGCGCAUUAUGUGCGACCGCACCCCGAGUUGAAGUAG